GAUGUUAUUUAUAGUACAAGUUUUAUCCUUUAGUUUAUUUUAGUAGGUCUGAUGGCAUUUUUAUCCACUUCCCCAAAAAAAAAAAAAAAAAAAGCCAGAGAUGCUCCUUGGAAGUCUGUGCACGUCCCUUUGAUACUGACACACACAUGCACACGCACAUACACACAUGCACGGAUGCAUGUGGAGGGGGAGGGCUGCAGUGAUGAGCUCCAGUGACUCCAGUACUGGAGGACUUGACGUAGAGGACUGGGAGGAGGAGGAGGAGGAGGAGGAAGAGGAGGAGGUGCUUAGACCGGUUCGUGUCGAGCAGCCAGUGCAUCACCGACAGAAGAGAGCCGGUGCUUUCCGUCUGUCUCUCAUUCAUCACCGGAACUGUGCAGCUUCAUCCUCCUCCUGCAGCCUGCUAUCCUCCAGCCUGUCUCCUCCGAGCACCAAGGACUCCAGCACCGGCCCUCAUCCGCGUUAUUUCAAGAUGAAGAUUGAUACCAGCCUGACUAUGCUGCAGCUCCCAGAGGCCCUGUCCCAGGCAGGCUUGCAGUUCUCUGUGGCCACUGAAGAGGACUUUGAUGACAUCAUGGCUAUGAGCCAGGACAUCUAUGGAGGUCUUGACUACCUGCCCACUAGAUACACCAGCUGGCUGCAGGAGACCAACCGCACAGUCAUAUUGGCUCGCAAACAGACGAAAGUGAUUGCUCUGGAGUCAGUGGUUGUGAUUGAUGAUGGGGAGACUAUGCUGGUGGAAGGUCUACGUGUCGCCCCUCAGGAAAGGGGCAAGGGCGUGGCCGGAGUUCUGCUGCGUUUUUGCUGCGAGCUGGUCAAAUCCAAGUUCCCUGAUGUCAAAGUGACCCGCUUGACCCGCGAUGACCAGCUUGGACCCAAGGAUUUUCUGAAGUAUCGCCUCAUAACCAAGCAGGGUAUUCUGCUGGUACGCUUCAGUGCCGAAGACCUCAAGCUUCGUCUGUCUGAGCUUGGUCUGAGUGGAGACAUUCAAUCCUCUUUGUCCACUUCCUCCAAGCCUCCUCCAGUGCGUCUCGACCAUACAACUGUCCAUCGGCUGUAUCUGACCACUGACGUGAUGCGGGGGGUCCUUCCUAAUGCCACCAUCAUUCAAGACUGGCAGCCAUUCAAGCCUUUGCCCAGUAACAUGGCCAUCCUACUGAAGAAGGACAUUGACUGGAUGGUGGAUGACGUGUCCAACCCUAAUGUGGCCAGCCUCUGUACCUUCCCUUUCAGGGUGCCCAUUGGAGAUGACUGGUAUUACCUGAAUAUUGACAUGUUCGGGAAAGACCUGGACCUGGCUCGGCAGCAGUUCUUGUGCCACCUGCAGCGCCAUACCGCCACCCUGAAGGGUCACGUGAUGUGCCAGAUGUUCCUGGACCCGCCGCUCUGGAAGCCCAUGGCCGAAUUCUGCCUCAACACCUUGGGCGUGGAGCUGGUGAAGGAGUACACCGAGCAAUGCGUGGUGGAGUCAGACGUCAUCUAGUUAUGAAGAAGGUGGAUGGAAAAGGAGAAGAAGAUGAAGGAGCCGGAAAGGAAUGAAGACAAAGGUCUAGACAACAAAGGAA